GAGAAAACUGCAUUGCAUUGUAUUGCAACAUUAUAAACUUUUAUUCCUGCCUAUGACCCGAGCUCUUAGUCUCCUGUGAAGACACCUCAGACACACUUGGAAACAAGUCUUGACACAGCAGAGAUUUUUGAGAUUUCGCUUCCACUGAAGUGAGAUGGCAUCUGUUUGUACAACUUUAGCAAUUAUAGGAAUGAUUUAUAUUUCUCCUGUUCUGAUACCAGCGCUGCUUUUGGUGGGGGUAUUGUAUGAUCUUUGCAAUUCAGAGCUGCCACCUGGGAUUGACCAACCUCUAAAGCUCCGUUUUUUCAAUGCCGUGAUGAUUGCAGCCAUGAUCGCGGGAAAGAUAUUGCAGAAGGUGGGGAUCUGCAAUGAAUUCACUGUAUUGCGAGUACUGCUGGAUGGAAUACCCCCCUGGAGAGACUCCAAACUGCUUAUCAAAGAUCUCAAAGUAGAUGAGGUACCCCUGAGGAUUUAUCAGCCCAAAAGCCCACCCACUGGCAAAAGAAGAGGAAUUCUGUAUUUUCACGGAGGCGCUGGCACAUUUGGGAGCAUUAGAGCCUUUGAAAGGAUAUGCCGCUAUAUGGCCAAAAAAUGCAACUCAGUGGUUGUGUCUGUUGGGUACCGUUUGGCUCCAGAACACCCAUACCCAGGGCAGUACUUUGACUGUCUCAAUGCCACCUUGUACUUCAUGAGGAAUUUGGAAGAGUACCACGUGGAUCCUGCUCUCAUCAUCGUUAGUGGGGACAGCUGUGGAGCUAAUUUUGCUACAGUAAUUUGCCAAAUACUGCUGAAUAACCGAGAUCUGCCCAAAGUACGUGCUCAGGUCCUGCUUUACCCGGGGCUGCAGGGGCUGGAUUUCCAGCUGCCCUCCUACCAGCAGAACGCUUCGGUGCCCAUCUUGUAUCGGAAGCUGGUUCUCUACUUCUGCUUUCGUUACCUUAACAAAGAACCCAAAUUUCUGAAAGAUAUCCUACACAACUGUCACGUCUGUGAGAGUGUGAGGAGCAAGUAUAAAAAAUGGGUGAGUGCUGACCUCAUCCCUGAUGAAUUUAAGAUUAGAGGCUACGCACCCCCGACACCCCCGUCGUACAAACCUGAAGUCUAUGAAACUAUCAAGGAAGUUUUAGCACUGACAUUUUCCCCACUUUUAGCUGAAGAUUCUGUUAUUUGCCAGCUCCCAGAGGCCUACAUUGUGACCUGUGAGUUUGAUGUGCUGAGGGAUGAUGGACUGUUAUACAAGAGGAGACUAGAGGACAAUGGUGUUCAAGUGACCUGGUAUCACUCUGAGAGUGGCUUCCAUGGAAUUCUAGCCUUUUUUGGCUAUGGGAUUUUUUCUUUUUUAUCUGGAAAAAAGAUAGUGGAUAAUCUGGUGAAUUAUAUAAACAGUUUGUAGAAGUAUUUCUCAGAAGAAAGAUGCAAGUCUGGCAUUAUCCUUGAUGAAUUUAUACUUGGCAAAGAAUGUAAACACUAUUGAUUUAUGGUUUGGAUUUUGACUGCAUUUUGUACUUUCUAAUUUCUGCUUCUGCAGUGACUCUCAAACAAAGGUUCAGAUUAUUUAAGGCACCACCAUUCUAGAAAACACAGCAGUAAGACCGAGAUGCAAAGGUGAGGCACCUGGCCUGGCCUGUUUCACUAAAACAAUUCCAGUAUCUUGGCAUGGCUGGCACUCACUGAAGGGAAUGACAGGAGUCUUCCUGGAGAGUCUUCAACUGCCCAGAAAUGCUGCAGACAACAACUGAGGUCUGCUUUGGCCCUGCUGAGACAGGAGCUGUUUAUGGCAUCAGAUGGAGAGCUCAGGUUCUAUGAAGUCUUAUGGCAGACAGUGGAAUUGCAGCCAUGAAUUCAAAUCCUAGGGUUAAUCUGCACAAAGACUGCUCUAAAAAAAGGGUAGUCAAAAGGAAGGCUCCUGUCUGGAGCAGAAGUCUUAAACUGGAACUAGAAUGAGUUUGAUUUUGUCUGGAAUCUGAAAAAAAUAAUGUUUCAUUUUGGAACUUCAUUCUUAAACUGGAAUCCCUGAAGUUCAGUGAGUGUGUACCUGUUAGGGAAGUGCAGAGCUGAGACUUUUCUUUUCUGUAGCCUUUGUUUUCCUUUCAGGAUUAUCUUGUGCUCAAGGCUACCUGUUAUGCUGUUUGUUGACAAAGUCCUGAAGAUCAUGUAAGAAGGUAGAGAAGCACAACAUUAUAUUAUCUGUAUUAUCACUGUGAU